UUCCUUCUCUUUCUCAACUGCAUUUUUUUGAUUUUCUAGGAAUAAACUAAAAGGACGAGUUUCAGAGAGAGAGAGACAUGGAAGAAGAACUGCUGAAAAGGCCUAUGAUUGAUGAGGAAAAUCUAAAAGAAAAUGAUGAAACUCAAAAAAAUGGCUCCUCAGCAACCCCAGUUGUUGUUCUCAGCACUUUGGUUGCUCUCUGCGGUUCUCUCUGCAUUGGUUGCGUUAUUGGAUAUUCCUCACCUGCUCAAGCUGGAAUCAUGAAAGACCUGGACCUCUCUGUUGCAGAUUAUUCGGUUUUCGGUUCGAUAGUGACAGUUGGAGGAAUGAUUGGUGCGCUAGGGAACGGGAAAAUGGCGGAUCUCAUAGGCCGGAGAGCAACUAUGUGGUUAUCCGAAGUGUUGAGUACCGCAGGGUGGACCGCAAUAGCACUCGGAAAGACUGCUUGGUGGCUGGACUUUGGAAGGCUCUUGCUUGGGCUCGGAUACGCGCUUAUUUGCUACGUGGUGCCUAUAUACAUUGCUGAAAUAACUCCAAAGAACAUCAGGGGAAGAUUUACUUCUGCCUAUCAGUUGAUGAUUUGUUGCGGAAUAUCGUUGAUGUACUUCAUUGGGAAUGUUGUUAACUGGCGCACCUUGGCUGUAAUUGGUGCCGUUCCAUCAAUGUUACAUAUAUUAGGAUUAUUCUUCAUUCCUGAGUCUCCUAGAUGGCUGGCGAAAAUCGGUAAGCACAAAGAGCUUAAAGCUGCACUGCAGAGUCUAAGGGGGAAGAAUGUUGAUGUCUCCGGAGAAGCAACUGAAAUCAUAGAUUACACAGAAACCUUUCAGCAGCACUCAGAGAGAGUUCUGGAUCUGUUCCAAAAGAGAUAUGCUCAUGCACUCACUGUUGGAGUUGGGCUGAUGGCGCUGCAACAACUUGCAGGGAAUGCUGCAGUUGUUUACUACUCCAGCUCUAUAUUUACAAAGGCUGGAGUGUCAAGUAGUGUUGGGACUAUAUUAAUGGCCAUUAUCCAGAUUCCUGCCGUUGCAUUGAGUGUGCUUGUGACCGAUAAAUUGGGAAGACGGCCCCUUUUAAUGAUUUCUGCGGCCGGAAUGUGCUUGAGUUGCUUUCUUCUUGGCUUGUCAUUCCUAUUUCUGGACCUGAACUACUUGCAGCAGCUCACUUCCAUAAUGGUUUAUAUUGCACUUCUGGGGUAUAGCGUGUCAUUUGUAAUGGGCGUGGCAGGAUUACCCUGGGUUAUAGUGUCAGAGAUAUUCCCUAUAAACGUUAAGGGUUCAGCUGGAAGCCUUGUGACUUUGGCAAGCAAGUCAUGUUCUUGGAUAGUUACAUACAGUUUCAAUUUUAUGAUGCUAUGGAGCUCCUCAGGCACAUUUUUUGUCUUCUCUGUCAUUUGUGGCUCAACUCUUCUUUUUGUUUUCAAGUUAGUGCCUGAGACCAAAGGGAAAACUUUAGAAGAAAUACAAGCAUCAAUUGCACAUUUUCUUCGGUGAUUCAUAAACAUGGAAAGUUGUUUCUGCUUCUCUAUAAAUGGUUUUAUCCACAGUGUGAUAAGCAGACAAAAUAGAGGAAAACAGAGUUUCUUUUUCUUUUCUUUUUUCCCCAUUAUUCAAAUAGUUUAUCUUACGUUAUCCAGUUAUAUUUUGUCCUUAAA